AUGAGCUCCGACGAUACGUCGCACGCGAACGGCAUCGCCGCCGACCAAGAACACGCGCACGGCAGCACGAGCCCGCUCUCCCUCAACUCGCCCACCAACAACGGCAACAACGCCGACACCAAUGCGCCGCUGCAGGUGCGCGUGGAGCCCGCGGCCGCCCCCAAGACGCCGCUGCUGAGCGUGCACGAGGAGGCCGAGCACCUGUACCCGGCCGUGAUCGAGUGGUCGCGUCCGUGCGAGUCCGUGGGCGUCACGGGCUCCUUCAACAAUUGGGGCUCGCAGAUCCUGCUCAAGCGCCAGAAGGCGGCCGAGGGCGAGGACGGCGCGCCGCUCUUCCGCGCCAAGCUGUGGCUGCCUGUGGGCACGCACCUGUUCAAGUUCUGCGUGGACGGCGCGUGGCAGUACGACCCGGAGGUGACGUUCGCGCCCGACGAGUACGGAAACCUCAACAACUUCAUCAAGAUCGCGCCCAGCGUGGACCCGCAGACCAAGGACAAGCCGCUGCAGCGCGCCAUCCGCACCAUCAUCCGCGACGCCAGCGAGGGCCUGCCCGUCAUGAACCCCGUGGCCAGCGAGGAGCUCAUGAAGCUGCGUCUCCAGACGUCCCCCGUGCUGCGGCCGCAGCGCUCGCCCACCUCCAAGACGCCCACGCACCACCCGCGCCACGACAGCCGCUCGGACCCCACGCCGCGAUCCACGCCGCUCACGGCCCCGCGCCAGCCGCAGGAGAUGGAGGACUCUGAGUACGGCAUUGACGUCAACGAGCGCCGCAUGAGCAACCACAGCCUGCUCGGGCACAGCGCCACCAAGCCCCGCUCGCGCGCCGGCACGCUCACGCGCUCCAAGAGCGAGGAGUCGCUCAGCCACGCCGCGUCCAGUAACAACCUCGCGGCGGCGGACAUCUCCGCGGCUGCCACGCCCAAGUACACCAACUACAUGGACGACGCGAUCGCCAACUCGGUGCUGCUGGCGGCCACGACGCAGCACUUUGGCGGCGACUUGGUGACCCACGAACACAACACGCGCGCGCAGCUCGGCGGCCACCGCUCGGUGCUCGUGCGUGGGCCGCACACGGCGCAGACGACUCCGCAGCAGCGCAGCGGCGGCAAGCUGAUCAUCUUCCUCGUUGGCCUACCUGGUCGCGGCAAGACGUACAUUGGCCACAUCCUGGCGCGCCACUUGACCUGGAUGGGCCACCAGUCCCGGACGUUCAACACGGGUGAGUAUCGCCGAAGACUCGUGGGCUCGAAUGUGAACCACGCGUUCUGGGACCCGUUCAACGAGGAAUCGUUCCAGAUCCGCACCGAGCUGUCCAAGAAGUGCCUAGAGGACUCGAUCGCCGCGCUGGAGAGCAACGACUGCGACUGCGUCAUCUUCGACGCCACGAACGUGACGCGCAAGCGCCGUCAGAUGCUGGUUAACGAGGUGCACCAGCGCUACAAGUGCGAGAUGAUGUUCAUCGAGUCGGUCUGCGAUGACCCGGAGCUUAUCGCGUCCUCGAUCAACGAGAUGAAGUUGAAUUCGGCGGACUACGCUGGCCAGACGAUGGAGGAGACCACAGAAGACUACUACAACCGUAUCAACCACUACCAGUCGCUCUACGAGCCGCUUGCUGGAGACCUCGAGGGCGCGCCGUUUAUCAAGAUCAUCGAUGUGGGCCGCCAGAUUUUCUGCAACCAGGUGUACGGCUACCUGCAGUCGCGUAUCAUGUUCCUGAUGGCCAAUCUGAACCUGAAGCCGCGCCCGAUCUGGCUGAGCCGUCACGGUGAGAGCAUGUACAACACACAGAAGCGUAUCGGUGGCGAUGCGCCUUUGAGCCCGCUCGGCGUGCAGUACGCUGAGCAACUAGACCGGUUUAUCGACGCGUACUACCCGACUCCUGACACAGAGCUCGCAGUGUGGACAUCAACGAUGCUGCGCACGGGUAUGACAGUAGAACGGAUUGCGGCCCGUGGCCGGUCGAUCGUGAAGUGGAAACAGCUAGACGAGAUCGAUGCCGGCAUCUGCGACGGCAUGACGUACGAGCAGGUGGCCGAGGAGAUGCCGGAGGAGUAUCUGGCGCGCAAGAACAACAAGCUGCACUACCGCUACCCGCGUGGCGAGUCGUACCAGGACGUGAUCCACCGCCUCGAGCCGGUGAUCACGGAGCUGAUGCGCAUGGACCAACCCGUGCUGAUUGUGGCGCACCAGGCCAUCCUGCGUGUGCUGUACGCUUACCUCACGAACAAGUCCCCGCACGAGUGCCCGACGCUCAACAUCCCGCUGCACGUCGUGAUCCAGGUCACGCCCAAGGCCUACAAGUGCGAGGAAGUGUGGCACCGCCCCAUGUAG